UGGAGCAUUGUUGUUGAAGAAGAGUUGCGAAAGAAAAAGAAAGGAUUAAGACAAUUCAGUCGGCUUAGGUGAACUCGUUCAUUUAGACGAACCGGUUUUUCAGGUUCGCUAAAAUAACACUUACGUUAGCCCAGGAAGCGAACAGCUCUGGUUAACGCACGUGAUGUAAUCGUGUGAUGCUUCUCUAUCAGAUGGUUUCAGAACAUUAAAAACCUCUUACUCGAGCACAAACUGUCAGUCUUCCACAGAGACUUCACAUUGACAUUAUAACACACCGUGGAGGUAUAAUAACGUACAGUAGUGAAAUGGCUUGUGCUCCGCGCUAUCAAAACAAAGUUGUCAUCGUUACUGGAGGCACCAGAGGCAUCGGAAGAGGCAUUGUUAAAACUUUUGUGCAAAACGGGUCCAAAGUUGUGUUCUGCGCGCCAGAGACUGAAUUGUCAGCUGGUCAGACUCUCGAGUCCGUGCUGAACAAGGAAGGACCAGGAUCAUGCAAGUUUGUGUCAUGUGACAUGAGAGAAGAAGGGGACAUCAAGCAACUAAUCAAUGUGACGGUUGAGAGCUUUGAACAAAUAGACUGCUUGGUGAACAACGUUGGCUGGCAUCCCCCUCACAAGACUACAGAUGAAACCAGUGGAGAGGAGUUUAAAGACCUGCUUAAUCUCAACCUUAUUAGCUGCUUCCUUGCCUCCAAAUAUGCACUGCCAUAUCUCCGCAAGACAAAGGGAAACAUUAUCAAUUUGUCCAGUCUUGUGGCCUCAAUAGGUCAAAAAGAUGCAGCUCCUUAUGUGGCAACCAAGGGGGCGAUCACCGCCAUGACUAAAGCAAUGGCUGUGGAUGAGAGCCGCUAUCAAGUGAGGGUGAACUGCAUUUCUCCCAGUAAUAUAAUGACACCGCUGUGGGAAGAGCUUGCUGCAAACACAGAAGACACUGCUGCUACUAUUAAGGGUGGAGAAAAUGCUCAGGCAGUGAACGGACGCUUUCUUAACCCUCUCUCCUUGUCAUGUGGGUCGUUGCGCUUCGUCAGCUCCUCCUUCAAGGCUGCAGAUCUGACCAUCGAGAAGAGCUCGGUGCUGAAGCCAAAGCCUGAUCCAUCAACGCUCGUGUUUGGCAAGCAGUUUUCAGACCACAUGCUGACCAUCAGCUGGUCUGCGGCAGGAGGGUGGGAGAACCCUCAGAUCAAACCCUUCCAGAAUCUGUCCCUUCACCCAGCAUGCUCAGCCCUGCAUUACUCAAUAGAGCUGUUUGAGGGAAUGAAGGCCUUCCGGGGAGUAGACAACAACAUCCGUCUCUUCAGACCUAUGCUGAAUAUGGAGCGCAUGCACCGGAGCGCUGAAAGGAGCUGUCUGCCUUUGUUUGAUAAGACUGAACUGCUGAAGUGCAUCAAUAAACUGGUUGAGACUGAUCAAGAAUGGGUUCCUUACUCCACAGAUGCCAGCCUGUACAUCAGACCAACAUUUAUAGGAACCGAACCUUCUCUAGGUGUUUCUCGAGCAGGUCACGCCUUGCUGUUUGUCAUCGUUGGACCCGUUGGACCUUAUUUUGCCACUGGAAGUUUUAAUCCAGUGUCCUUGCUGGCAGAUCCUCGAUACGUCCGGGCCUGGAGGGGUGGUGUUGGAGAAUACAAAAUGGGCGGUAACUACGGGCCAACAAUCGCUGUCCAGAACGAGGCAGCGAAGCAGGGUUGUCAGCAAGUCCUCUGGCUGUACGGAGAGAGUGAGGAAAUCACUGAGGUCGGCACCAUGAAUCUCUUCAUCUACUGGACCACAAAGAAAGGAGAAAAAGAGCUGGUCACUCCUCCACUUGAUGGCGUCAUUCUUCCAGGAGUCACCAGACAGUCUCUGCUGGACCUCGCCAGAGAAUGGGGGGAAUUCAAAGUGACUGAGCGGAGAGUUUUCAUGAAGGAGCUUUUGGGGGCUUUAGAUGAGGGUCGUGUUCUGGAGGUCUUUGGUUCGGGCACUGCGUGUGUGGUGUGUCCCGUUGGCAGUCUGCUCUACAAAGGACAAACUUACCAAAUUCCUACAAUGAAGAAUGGGCCAGACCUUGCCAAGCGAUUCCACAAGGAUCUUACUGACAUCCAGUAUGGACGUCUUCAGAGGGACUGGGCACCGCUGGUCGUCUAACCAAUUAGAUGCAGGUUUCACAUCUCAAACCUCUCUCAUCUCACCGGUUUGUGUGUGUGGACUUCACAGACAGGACUGUUAUUCUACAAUAACAAAAACCUUUCAAAAUAGAACACCACCUAUUAAAUAUAUGCAGUCUGUCCAAACCAGCUUAUAUCCCGCUUGCUUUAGAGGUCUUUAUUGCACAAUUUGUAGCACUAGAAUUCGUCCUUAAACCUGUCGAGCACAAGCGUCAUAAGCCAUAUAUAAGCAAAGGCACAAGCGAAUAUGUUCUCCUUGCAGUAGUUACUGAUCCAGUGUGUAAACAUUUUUUAACCCGUCAAGCUUUGUUGUUUCCUUUUCGUCUAAAAUGCUUCGGUCUUUUGUUUCUAAAACUUUUAAUUAUUAGUUUUAUAUUGAGGAAAUUAUGUUGAAGGAACACUUCGCUUUUUUGGAGACUCAUUUUAUGACUCCCCAAGAGUUAAACAGAUUUAACAUUUUUGUAUCCAGUCAGCAGAUCUGGCUGUAGCACAUUUAUCUUAGCUUAACCUGCUGAAAUAAAACAGCUUAAUCCAGCCUAAGCUGGUUUUAGCUGUUUGACCAGCUUGGUUUUAGAGGGGUUUGGCCAUUUCCAGCCUGGUUUCCAGCCAUUUUCAGCCUGGUUUUGGCUGGUCAGGCUGGAAAAUGACCAGCUAAGACCAGCUUGACCAGCCUGGUUUAGGAUGGACAUGGCUAGCUGGCUAGGCUGGUCAAGCUGGUUUUAACUGAUCAUCUGCCCUCUACAACCCCUCUAAAACCAGGCUGGUCGACCAGCUAAAACCAGCCAACCAGCUUAGGCUGGUUUAAGCUGUAUUUUUUUUCCAGCUGGAUAGCCAAAGUCAGGUCAUUGAAUGAGAGUAGUUCCUUGUCAAAUCGGUCUAGAAAAUAGCAUCGUCGAUUUAGUACACAAUGUAACUACAGAACAGUCAAGAAAAUUAUUAGAACUGGUCAUUUUUGAGCAAGAUGCUAAUAGUCUAAUUUGUUUCAAUAACCUAUGCUUGGCCAGGCUUAUAGUGCUCCCAUCAGAGCCAAAGAUCAGCUGAAUGGAUUCAAAAAUGGUAAAACACAACUGUUUAACACUGCGUGAGCUGUAAAAUUCGCAUUUUCAAGAAAAAGUGGAGUGUUUAUUAGGCAGUUGAAGAUUAGACUUCAGCACGCUGCCAUUUUAAUGCAGACAUUACUUCACGAGCCUCUUGUUUGUGUAGCAUACAAGAAUCAAGCGUCAUACUUUUACUGUAUAUUAUUCAUAUACAGUUUACUGCUAAUUAUUCAGUUAGCAAUAAUUCAAACUGUUCUGUUUCGUGAUUAAGGACACUAAAUUGUUAUUUAAAAAAAUAUAUAUAAUCAUAAACAAUGAUGCUACUUCAAGGGCAAUGUAUUAGCGCCAGACUUAGAUGAUUUAAAACCAUGAGCUGAACUUAUGCACGCACAAAGGGCUUCAUGACGGCCCAGACAUAGCAGCUCUAGAGACCACUAGAAAUUGAUGUGAUAAUCGUCACUAGGCUGUGUGUUUGUGUGUUAAAGAUAUAAUAUCUGGAACAACAAUGUGAGCUGUAUAUACAUGUGUGUGAAAUAUGUGAUGUUCGCUGGACAUGUAGAAUGUAUUGGUUUUAACUUAUUUCUGGUGUCGGUUUAGUAGUUACACGGCUAUAAUACAUAUCGCUGUUGUUUUCCUUCAUGAACUCUCUUAUGUUGUUUCCCCCCCCCCCCUCAUUUUAAAUGAGCGUUUUAAUGCUUGCACUCGACUCCACGGCUCUUUUCUUUAGUUUAUGUGCCUGACGGAGUUCGUUUCUCAUGCCAUCUCCUCAUCUUUUUGUCUGUAUUAAGCUGAAGGGGGCGCUGCUGCACUCAUGUUUGGUUUGUUUUGUUUUUCGAUGGUUUUCAGAGAUGUCUUUACUUUUUCCUGUUACUGUAUUUUUACAAAUAAACUCUAUUUACUUCCAAA